CAUACAGAAGAGGUACACAGAGAUAACUGCACACAGGCUAAAGAGAGAACACGCUUAGGUGGGAAGCAAAACAAAUUAGAAAUUAUCAAACCGUCUGUAACCUGCAGAUCCGAGCCAUCCUGCUGCAAUGACCCUGUUCAAGAGUGAAUAUCACAACCCACAAUACAUGAGCAUGACAGAAGAUCAGAAAUCCACACGCUCAAAGCUGCGGGGAGUCAAGAGGCCAAGCAGCACGUCAUACCAAUCAGAGGUCGAGCUCGACUGUGACUGUUACCAGGACGAUCUAUAUGACAGGGUGUACAACUACCAGCACAUACCUUCAACUGUGUCUCCACUGCCGUAUGGCUCCAGUCUCACCAAACAACUGCGCUCCACCUCAUCCAUGUCCUCCUUACAUAGCCAGAAACAAAGUCGAGAUCGUCCCACGUCUAGGAGCUCCAGACCUCACUCAUCCAACAGAGCCAUGUUGAAGAUGGAAGAGCUGCAAUUGAUAAAGCGAGAGCUGACUGAAAUAAAGGUGCAGGUCGACGGGCUGUUGGACAGUCUGGACAGGAUGGACAGACAAAGACAAGAGACCACAGAUUCACCUUUAUCUCAGGAUGGCAGUUUAGGAGGGUCGCUGUCGCAUCCUUCAGUCAGCAGUCCAGAAGCAUCUCCCCGAAGCCUCAGUCCCCACUGCAGGGCCCGGAAAAACAGUCCUGAGCUUGGAGAGGCCAGCGAUGAUAACACACUAUGAAUCGGCACAGUUCUGACAUGGAGGAUGAAAUAUGAGGUGGCACUGCUCAGAGACAGCCAGACUCUCAAAUAAAAAGGAAACUGUGCCAAACCUAAAGACAGACAAAUCCCCUCCGUCCAUCCAGAUCUUCAUCCUCGUAAAUCAGGCCUGAACCCCUGGUGUUAUGCCCAACGUUAACUGAACACAUUAUCACAAAAUACUGAUUCCUGUGUCGGGUCAGGGUUAGAUCAGAACUGCUUAGUUCAUAUUCUUUUGACAAGAGUUGAAUUCUUGCUAACAAAUAAACAGCCAUCAUUAAUUACAAAUAUAUCAGCAUGGUAGCAGCUAUUCGAUGAACAUAUGUGGAUAAAUUAUCUUCAAUGUCUCAUAUUCUUCACUGUAGUCCCAAUAAAUCUACAGGGCUUAUCAUUUUCCUGCCAUACUGUAUAUGAAUGUAAGAGUACAGUACAAGUUUAGAGCACAAAGACUUCCCAGUUAAGCAGAUGUAACAAUGUCAUGAUAUCACUUAAUAGCUUGAUAUUAACUGGCUCAUAAUUUUAUAAAGGAGACUUAAUGUAAACUUAUGAAGAAUUCUUUAUUUAUUUCAUCAUAUAUAAUAGAGGAAUAAAAAUGCAUACUAAUAUUAAAUGAUAGUGACACAGUAUUGAUGAGUACAAGUUUGGGGUACAAGCCUUUGUUCUUUUAAGCUUGUCAUAAUAUUGUUGCAUUCAUCAUAUCACAGAUUCCACUUUAUAUACUUGAUUGAUUUGAAGGUUCUGUCAUUAUUUACUUACCCUCUUGUCAUUCCAAACUCAUCUGACUUUCUCUCUCCCUCAGAACACAAAAAGAGAUGUGUAGCAGAAUGUGUACAUUGCUCUUUUACAUAUAAUUAAGCAUACAGUGACUGAGGCUGUCAAGCUCUAAAAAGGACACACAGAAAAUAAAAACACUGUAAAAGCAUAGUAAAAGUAGUUCAUUUAGUGCAUAUAUUCAGAGUCUUCUGAAGCUAUGUGAUAGUUUGUAAGAACUUUUAAAAUCUUGGUUAAAAGAUGUCGAAACCAUUUAUACCAUUUCAUUGCGUGGAAAAAGCAGUUUGGACAUUGUGCGAUAAAUAGAUCCUUUUGUGUCUCAUGGGGAAAGAAAUUCAUACAGGUUUGAAAUGACCCAUCUGUAUGUUCACGCACUAGACACAAACUACAUAACAUUAGUAUGUUGAUGUAAGAAAAUGUUUAUUAUAAUAUAAUGCUCCUUUAGCCAGAAACUGAAGCUUCUUAGGUGUGCCCUUCAGACACUUAAAAACAGGAUUUUCAGAAUCAUUUUAAAUUCCUUGUUAUAUUAUUGUUAUCCUUUUUCUCUUAUUGUACAUGUCAACUAAUUUUAAAAGAAAGUCAAUCAUGUUUAAUAUGGUGUAUUAAUGUAAAGUUGAUUGUAUGUAUUUAGCUGUUUUUUUCUUGCUUUAGAUUUUUUCAAAUGAAAAAAAUGUAAUAUUAAAGACCCCUUUGAUACACUUUACU